CUUAUUUAUGGUCAAAUUGUGCUAUUACUGCCGGUCUAUGUCCUGCCUGUUGCUCGGGCAGCGCGGCAGCUGGGCUCAGGGAUGAACGCUCAUCAAGAACAUAGCGCCGUCUCGUUUCCUUACAUUCCUAUUCAUCUCCUGCUUCACGCUAUCACAUAUAACUACGUCUAGCAAUAACUAUAACACAGCAACGACGCUACACUCGGAACAAGUCAUGUCACCGCGUCCGCCCUUACAAGUUCCCACUUCGAUGCGAGCAUAAGUGGUCAGGUAUAGCUGCUGGUAUAGGGCGCUGCUGGGCGGAAAUGGAGCCACCUCACGCAGCUUCGUCGCCGAGGGGCCCUGGAGAGGGCCGGCCUGGACGCGAGGGCAACUACAAGGACUUGAAAGUUCGCACAUACAGAGAAGAAUCACGUACACCGAGACGAAGCGCAGACGCUGGUGGCCACAGCCCUUGGUUGUGGCGAAAUUCUUUCAGCGGGCAACCUCCUCAGCACUACCCCGACAGCCCGAAGUCCGCUUACACGUCCUAUUCCGGUGCCAAUAGUGGCUGCUGCCCCUCGUCGCCGGUCUCGCUGCCCAUCCACGCGGCGCCCUUAGGCGUGGGCGUCGGCGCCACUGCGGUUCCUGUAGCUAUGGCCUAUGCCGCCCCGCCGCCGCCCACUGGCUACGUGAUGUUCCCGGUGGUGCUGUCGGGCGCUCCGGACAGCCCGCGCGGCGGCCUCACCCCGCUCAUGGGCAGCCCCGUCGGCACGCCCACGGCGAUGAUGUUUCCCCAGACGCCGUUUGCACAGCACGCGCCCGGCGGGCCCUUUGGCCCGCCGCCGCCGCCUGGCGCCCCGGGCGGCCCUCCCAUCCUGCGGUCGGGAUCCGUGUCCGGCGCGCCUCCUGGGCAUGACGGUAACAUGCAGCAGCAAUCGAGCGGCCCGCAAGGCCCGCACGGCUCAGCCGCCUAUUUCCACCCGCUCUUCAACGGCUUUAAUGCAUUUGGCGGACCCGGCGGAGGCGGUGCCCCUGGGCCGAUGCAGAUGGGGCCGGGCGGAUGCCCGGGCAGCCCCUACGGCCCUGCGCCGGUGGUGAAGCAGCAGCGCUGCUCAGGCCCCGGCGACAAGGGCCGGACGUACCAGCCCUCGCCCCUCAAGCCUGGUCCGCGCAAGUCGUCCGGAAACGGCGGCACCAGCAGCAACAGCAGCGUGAACGGCUACGUGCCUGGCGGGCCCGGCACCGGUAGCAGUACCGGCGGUGUUGGCUACGGUGGAGCGGGUGGCGGCGGUGGCGGUGCUGCGAACCAAUCCAUCCUCGCACGCGUGGCCGGCGCGAUUGCCGCCAAUGGCCCGGCCGCAAACGGCGGCCGGGCGGGUGGCCGGCAGCAGCAUCAGUCGCAGCAGCACUACGUUGCCAGCGCCUCUGGUGGCGUGUACGGUGCUCCUGGCCACGGCAGCGUCAGCAACGGCGGCAGUGGCUACGGCAGCGGCUUGCCUUCCAACCACAGCAGCUACCAGGACGUACGGCAGGCGGGCGAGGCAGCGUCGGCGGCUGCCUCGGCCAACAUGCCCGCAGCCGUCAUGACGGACCUGGGUGACGUGGAUGACGUGUCGCCGAUGGCGCCGCCAGGGCAGCCGCCGGCGCCAGUGUCGCCCGACCCGUCCAUGCCGCCCGUUGUGCCGCUGUCUUACAGCGCCGGCUCUUCCGCCGCCCGCUCCAGCCACUCGACCGGCUCGGGCGGCUCCGCCACUUCGGCCACCGGCGCCGGAGCACGCGGCCCCUCCACGCUAGACCCGACCACUGCCGCCGCGGCGGCCGCCGUGGUGGCGGCCGCCGCUGCCGCCGUGAGCAACAUGGCCGCUGCUGCCGCGGCCUCGUCGCGCGGCCCGACGCCCCGCACCUCGUACAACGGCGUCAGUGCGCUCACCACCACCACGCCGCCCCGCACCUCGUACGCCGGCGAGGCGCUGACGCCGCCGCCGCGCACCUCGUACACGGGCGCCCCGCACGGCGCCACCUCCGUCACCACCAUGUCCGCCCGCACCUCCUGCUCCGGCAUCGCGCUGCCCUCCAUGGCGGCGGCGCUGAGCGCCGCCGUUGGUGCCGUCGGCGGCCCCCUCUCCGACGACAGCUCCUCUGCCGGCAUUGGCGGCGGCCACAGCAUGCCUGGCGGCCUGGACGCGGUGGACCUCGCCGCGGGCGUGGGCAUCUCCAGCGGCGACGUCGACAUCCCGGCGUAUGCCGCUGAUGGCGGGUACGGCGCGUCGCACAUGGCGGGGGCGGCUCCGACGGCCUGGGGCUUCUACGACCUGGCGGCGGCGGCCGCCGCCGGCGGCAUCGGCUCGCCGCAGAUGUGGCCGCGCGCGAUGUACGGCGUGCACACCGGCGCCCAGCCGCAGAUGAUGAUGAUGGCGGCGGCGCCGGCGGGCGGCCACCAGCCGGCGCUGCUGCAGGCGGCCAUGCUGCAGCAGCUGGCGGCGGCGGCCAACGUGCCCCACCAUGCUGCCGGCGGCACGGUGUACCAGAUGAACGGUAUGGGCGGCAUGGCCACCAUGCAGCCCGCGGCGCUGGUCGCCGUGGACGGCCACGACUACCACGCCAUGAGCACGGACCCGCUGGUGGCGCAGCUGCAGGCGCAGCUGGGCGCCGCCGGCGCCAACGCCAACAUUCUGGCGGCGCAUCAAAACCUGCGCGCGGCGGCGGCGGCCGUGGCGGCGGACAUGCAGCACCAGCAGCACAUGCAGCUGCAGGCGGCGUCGCUGCUGGGCGGCGGCAUGCACGGCCUACAGCACCACCAACAGCACCACGCGGCUGCUGCGGCGGCGGGCCACAUGAACUCGCUGCACUCGGCGCAGUUGGGCGCGGCGCCGGGCGGCGGCAUGGGCGGGCUGAUGCCCGUCGGCGCCGUCGGGCUGCCCGGCGGCGGCCGCCAGCGCCGCAGCGGCGGCAGCGCCAGCGGCAUGGGCAGCGGCGGCGGUGGCGGCAGCGGCAUCGGCAGCCAGGAGCGCGCGGCCGGCCCGGUGGACGCCAACGGCCUGCGCCUUAACGCGCGCCAGCGCCGCACGCUGCGCCGCGCGCGCGAGCGCGCCAUGAAGGGCCUGCUCGAGGUGGGCAAGUUGUUGGUGGCGAGGACCAUCGGGCCCGACGGCGUUGAGACCGGCGGCGACCCCGGCAGCGGCAGCGGCGCCGACGGCGCCUAUGACGACUCGGAGGACCUGGACGCCGCCGAGGAGGAGGACGAGGAGCUGGCGGCAGCUGUGGCCGCCGCCACCGGCGAGGAGGCGGAGUUGCUGCGCCUGCAGCUGGCGCAGCUGCGCGCCGCGGACGAGGCAGAGCAGCGGCAGCAGCAGGUCGCCGCGGCGGCCGCCGGCGCCGCGAUGGCGACGCCGGAGCAGAAGCCCUCCCGGCGCGCGUUCGUGCCACCGGCGGCGGUGGAGGCAGCCUUCAGCGGCAGCAGCGCCGCCGCGUCUGCGUCGGCGUCCAGCCGCACGCUGUCGCCGGCGGUGACACUGUCGGGCGGCAGCGGCAACCCGCCGCUGGCUGUGUCGGCGGCCGUGCCCAGCUUCGCUGUCGCUGACCCCGCGACCGCAGCCGCCGACGCCGGCCGUGACGAGCGGGAUGUGCAGCGGCUGCUGGCGUCGCACGUGGGCGCGACCGGUGCCGCGGGCGCCAACGGUGGCGGCAGCGGCGCCGGCGGCGUCGCGCCCGGCGGCCGCCGCUCUCAGAGCGGCAGCUCCAACGCCAGCAGUGUGUGUGAGGCCCCCAGCACCUCUUCCGCCGGCGGCGCCGCGCUCAGCACGCCCGCCUCCUCCGGCAAGGCCUCGCCGCUCUCCACCGCCGACAGCCCCGCCGUCGCGGCCUCCGCUGGCGCCUCCCCUGCGCCGGCCAUCGGCCGCAGCGGCACCUCCGCGAAGGCCUCGCCCGCGGCCGUGAACGGGCGCUCGCCGCCUGACGCGGUCCCCAGCUCCUGCAGUGGCGGCGCCGCGGCGCCGGCGCCGGGCAACGGCGCCAGCGGCGCCGCGAGCACCAGCAGCCAGGCGGCGCUGGCGGCAGCGCUGGCGAGCGGCAGCGCUGCGCCGUCUGACGUGGACAUUGCGGUCCUCAUUGCGCAGCUGAACGCCAAGAAAGAGGAGGGCCUGGUGGACGACAAGCUCAUGCGUGACCUGGAGAUUAUCAACAACCUCAUCGGCGCUCUGAAGACCACCACGGGCCCCACCGCGGCCGUGCCCCCGCCCAGCUACAACGCCCAGGGCCGCAAGGCCGCGACCGGCGGGCACCACCAUCACCACCACCACCACCAUCACCACGGCCACAGCAACAGCCACGGUGGCGGCCAACACCGCGAGCAGCAGCAACAGCAGCACAUGGCCGCUGCGGCCGCUGCCGCCGCCGCCGCCGCCGCGAACCCCUACAACGCUGCCGCUGGCCUCGGCCCUGCCGGCAACCCCUAUGCGGGCUCGGCCGGCAUGGUGGGCGGCGCGGGCGGCUACCAUGCUGCUGCCGCUGCGGCGGCCGCCGGCAUGCACGGCCUGCACGGCGGCAGCCUGGCCGGCCUGGGCGGCGGCGCGGCUGGCAUGGUGGGUGGCAUGAUGCCACACCAGCACCAACACCAACAGCAGCAUAUGGGUGGCAUGGUCAGCAUAGGCGGGCGCCACCCGGCGGCCGCCGCGGCCAUGACGCCCGCGGCGAUCGCGGCGUCGCAUUACCUGGCCGGUAUGGGCAUGCAGCAGCAGCAACAGCAGCAGCAGUACCAGCAGCAGCAACAGCAGUCGUACCCGCAGAAGCGUGGCUAUGCAGUCGGCUACUGAAAUACAGGAGGAGAUGCGGGGGCCGACGCCGCCUCACGGCGAUGAGGGCUGCUGUUGGAAGGCAUGUGAGAGGGUCAUCGGGGGCGGCGGGCAGCAGCCAAGAGUUCCUGCUAGGUAUGUCGCAGCGACGCUGCUGAGGCUGUUCGUGCGUAGUCAAGUCGUAUAAAGCAACACGCGUGAUUGCGAGCCCGUCUGUACACAAUCCCAGUCGUGUUUUUAUCAUCGUAUUCACACACAUGAGUGGGCAGGGCGCCGGGGCAGGCGCUUUCUCCUGCAUGGGGCUCUGUGUGUGUGUAUGUACGUGUAGUGUGUGUGCCUUGCAUUGAAGGUUCUGAAGUCGUGCAGCGAGCGGCAGACGCGGGCACACGCGGCGCGUGGGAGCUGAGCACCACUGCAGAAGAGCCGACGUGCUGCACAUUUAAACCGCUAGACCCCUGAGACUGGCCUGGUCCUGCCGCCGCUCCUGUUUUGUUUGUUUGGCCUUUGUGUUUCCGCUUAAAGGUUGGUGCAUGCAUGGGCGCUGUCAGCGCAAGCACCAAGCAUCCUCACAGUGUCAUCACAUGCCAGGUUGUGGAGGUGUGUAGAGAGGAGAUGAGAGAAUCGCGCCAUGUGGCGCCGAUUGCCGACACAGGUGUGGGUUGGGGUGCGUGGGAGGCGAGCGUGCCCACUAUGGGCAUGGAGAACGGGGAAGGGCGUUUGGGGCGAUUGUGGGCGCGCAAUGAGUCAUGGACACGAGGCAACUUACAACCCCGGCGGCAAGUGCGAUGCUUGCCGCAUAGAGAUUGGCGGGCGAGCCGCACAGGGUCUGAGUAGCACAAGAAAUUCCUGAAUUCGGCAGCCCCGCUGCGGAGUGCGCAGCGGUGGCAGUGCAGGGCAGGCGCGGCAGAUAGUUACAUUGAUGGACACGCGUAUUAAAAAACCAGCCUGCCGGCCCCGCAAGGAGGCUGGCGUGGCUGCCUCAGCAGGAGGGAAAUCACCAAAUGACGUACUGUGUGACCUUUUUUGGGUCGCUGCGACAUAAGCUUUAGGCCAUGGACUGGAAUGGAUCGUGUCGGUGCAGGAGGUCGAGAGAUUGGCCACAGUCGUGGCGAGGUGCAGGAGGACAAGAGAGAAAGCGCAUGGACGCAAUGCGCGGUGGUUAAACGGCUGUUAAGGUCGGCCCUAAGCUGCGAAGGACAGAAGACCGACUGCGGUAGUACGGAGCUCGAGCCCGAGCUUUCGGUAUUUACCCAUGGUGUGCGUGGGGACUGUGUGGUGCGAGGAUCGCAGAUUGGAUGGCAUGGGUGUCGCGGGUCGCCAGCGGCAUGCACAGUGCGGGGGCGUAUGCAGCAAUGGACAGCCUUUUGAAGAGGGUUGGCACUCGUUGCUCUAUGAGCGUACAUACAUAACUUCGGGCGAAUAGCCGAGGUCUGGCGGGGGCUUGCCUUCAGGGCGGGCUCUUGGAGGUGGCGUCCUAUGGACGGGUUGGGAACAUUGAUGUGAUAUGACGUUAUGUGGGCCCGAGGACGCGCUUGUCGAUAUGUAAGUGAGGGGUGGCACUGCGAUGAACAGGCACUGACACGUAGGGUUGAGUAGUAGGGUCGUAGACAUCAGUUCGGCGGUAUAGGUGCAGUCGUGACGGCGCCUGCGGCCGCUACUCAAUGUCACGGACGUCCCAGGAUAGGGUUAGAGCUAGGAGCGCAUGUUUUUGGGGUGUAGGCGCAAGCGGCUGGGGGUUCAUGCAUGGAGCUGGUCACACGUGGAUGCCCGACUGAUCAGUGCGGAGUGAGCCUGUAGGUAAGCCUACACGUGACUCGGAUGCACGCAAGGCUUGUAACUUUACAAAACU